AUGGCCGUCACCAGCGCCACCAGUUUGAGUCAAAAUGCACGCACCGUCGACAAUGCACUAUAUAGACGUUUUAUAUGUCGUAAAAAAGCGAAUGGUUACAAAACCAUAGUACCUGGUAGUUGCUCGAGAUAUUACCAAUGUUAUAAUGGCGCCAGUGUGGAAUUGGAAUGUCCACGCUACUACGAUGCUGCGAAGAAAUCUUGUGUCGAUCGGAAUACUGGCUGUGUUGAAGAUAGACAAGCGUAUGCUGCCGUCGCAUUAGUUGAAGAAACUGGCCCGUGUGCAGGCCGAACUAGUGGCUAUGUUGUGGGUGACAAUCAAGCGUACUGGUAUCAAUGUAAUAGUGCAGUGGUUGACUCCGGUGUAUGUCCCAGUGGCCAGGAAUAUAAUUUAGCAUUAUUGAAAUGUGAUGUAAAAUCAUCCUGCAAUGGAACGGAUGAUUCUUGCACAACGACACCAGCACCGUGUACCACGACAACAACAACAUGCUCCACUACACCGACAACAACAACAUGCACCACGACGCCACAGCCAACGACUACAACAACAUGCACUACGCCAAGUACAACAACAUGCACUACCUUGACAACAACAACAUGCACCACAGCGACAACAGUAGCGGCCACCACACCCACGCCAACCACAACAACAACAACAUGCACCACACCGACAACAGUAGCGGCCACCACUACUCCACGCCAACCACAACCAACACCUACACACCACACCGACAACAGUAGCGGCACCACUACUCCACGAACCCACACCACACCACAUACAACAACAUGCACCACACCGACAACAGUAGCGGCCACCACGACGCCGCAGCCAACCACAACCACACCACAGCCAACAACAACAACAACAUGCACCACACCGACAACAGUAGCGGCCACCACGACGCCACAGCCAACCACAACCACACCACAACCAACAACUACAACGCCUGCACCAACUACCACAACAACAACACCAUGCACCACACCGACAACAACAGCGGCCACCACUACUUCACAGCCAACAACUACAACAACAUGCACCACACCGACAACAGUAGCGGCUACCACUACUCAGCAGCCAACCACAACCACACCACAGCCCACAACUACAACACCUUGCACCACAGCGACAACAACAACUAGCACCACUACUCUGACAACAACAACGUGCGCCACUACUCCGACAACAACAACAAGCACUACUACUCCGACAACAACAACAUGCACCACACCGACUACAACAGCUUGCACCACGACUCCAGAACUAUGCACAAUCCCACCAACCACAUGCGCUCCUGCUGUCACUAAUAAAGAUAAAGAGGCCGCAGUCGCAGCUAUCGAAGCGUUAAAGCCAAAUGUUUAUGUGCGCCCAGCUCAGGAAUCUGCCAAGCCUAUGCAAGUUCUACCACCGCAAUCACACCAGUCUAAUGUAGACUUAUACGUACAAUACGCUUGUCGUGGCAAAUCGAAUGGUUUUAUGUUGGCCUCAUUGAGAAGUUGCAGUGAAUUUUACAUUUGCCAUAGCGGUGAAGCACUGAAGGCUAGUUGCGGUGAUAAAUAUUUCAAUGCCCUGAAGGGUAUAUGUGAUCUACCUGAGAAUACUGGUUGUAUUCAACCAUAUCAACAGAAACUGUAA